GCCGCCAACAUUGCAGCGAAUCAGAUGACAGUUCCAGCGGUAGUAAGUGGCGAGGUAAUUUGAUUGGACCGUAGGAAACUAAGAAGGUUUGGUGCAGUGCGGAAGGGGGAGUGAAGUCUGUCAACAGCGUGUUGUUUAUUUAUGUGCGUGUCAAAACAUCAGUGUGUUUUGUGUACACUGUGGCGUAGUGCAGUGCGGAAAUUAUGUGCAGCUCUGUAAGAUGAGACUGAUAUAGCGUAGUUGACUUUUUUACCUGUAUCCGAAACAUAGGAAAGUCUAACGCGAAACAAGAUGGCGGACUCCAGUUACUACCAGGGCGACUACAUCCGGCACCCAGUGCUGUACGAACUGAGCCACAAGUAUGGCCUACAGACGGACGAGAACGAGGCGGCUUUGCCGUGCCGAUUGGAGGAACUCAAGGAACUCAUACGGCGUGAGAUUCGCAAGGAAUUGAAGUUAAAGGCUGGCGCCGAGAAGCUGCGCGAGGUAGCCACGGACCGGCGCUCACUGGCCGACGUCGCGCUGCUCGUCAAGAAGUCCAACAGCCGCCUGUCCGAACUGCACGCCGAGCUUCACGAGCUCGACUCGCAGAUACUGCUCAACAACGGACAAGAUGCUGCUCUUUCUCCACAACAUGGAAAAGCAAACUCGAGCAAUGGAGAUGGACUGAUUAAUGACUUAAGACUUCUUUCACUUGAAAAACAGCUGAACAUUGAACAGAAGGUGAAACAGGGAGCUGAAAAUAUGAUAGCAAGUUUGACAGCCAGUCACUCUAGAGAUAAAAAGCUUUUAGCUGAAGCUCAUCAGAUGUUGGCCGACUCAAGAGCUAAAAUAGAGUUCCUGAAAAUGCGCAUUUUAAAAGUAAAGCAGCUACGACAUAGCAGUGUGGAUCCUAGUUCAGUACCUAACAGCACCAGUAGUAAUGGGAGUGGUGAAAUAAAUCAAACCAAAGAUAAAUUUGAAACACCACUUGAAGAGAGAGUGGAAGAAUUGAGGCACAGACUGAGGAUUGAGGCAGCUGUUGUAGAAGGUGCAAAAAAUGUUAUAAAAAUGCUGCAGAGUUCCAAAGUUGUAGAUAAAAGAGCCCUUCAGGAAGCACAAGCAAGCUUAUGGGAGAGUUCACGGAAAUUGGACUUGCUUCGAAAAUCUCUGGAACUGCGAAGACAGGAAUUGCCACCUGACUCUCCAGCAGCAGCACAACUGAAACAUGAACUACAGACAGCACAGGCAGCUUCACCUGUCCCUGUAACUUACACCAGCCUGCAACCACUGCGACCAGGCCCUUCUCCAGGACCUAGCCUGAGUCAGCCAAUGUCUCCAGCUUCACCAGCAGCAUCAUUUUCCUCUCCUCCAUCUUUUGGGCGCUGUGCUGCAGUCACUGGAAAACUGGAAGUCAGGUUAAUGGGUUGUCAAGACUUGCUAGAAGAGGUUCCGGGACGUUCUCGUCGAGACAAAGAUUCCAUCUCUGGCCCUGCUGACUUACGUUCCUUCGUAAAAGGGGUUACAGGACGCAGUUCUAGCAAGUCCUAUAGUGUGAAAGAUGAAACAAGUAAUGAAAUCAUGGCAGUCAUUAAACUGGAUAAUCAAACAGUUGCUCAAACCAAUUGGCGGCCUUGUUCACAGCAAGCAUGGGAUCAGAGGUUUUCCAUUGAUCUGGAUAAAUCUCGAGAGCUUGAGAUAGGGAUUUAUUGGCGUGAUUGGCGUUCAUUAUGCGCUGUAAAAUUUUUGCGGUUGGAAGAUUUUGUUGAUGAUAUUCGCCAUGGAAUGGCUUUGCAGUUGGAGCCACAAGGAUUACUUUUUGCAGAGAUUAAAUUUUUGAAUCCAAUGAUAACAAGGAAACCAAAGCUUCAGCGUCAGCGUAAGAUUUUCAAGCAACAAGCUAAGAAUUUCCCACGUGCAAAUCAGAUGAAUAUCAAUGUAGCAACAUGGGCUCGUUUUCUAAAGCGAUCAGCACCUUCUAUACAGAACAAUCACAUCCGUUCUACAGAAAACCAGUCUUCAGGCGGCGUACAACCUCUUCAGCUAUCAUUUGAUUUUCCUGAAGAUAAACCUCAAGCCCCUGGUGAGAGUCCAGAUGUACAGACUGCUGGACUUUCUGGCACUCGGCCAUUGGGACUUGGGGUUGCAGUUUUACCUCCUCUUCCUCCUCUACCUGCUGAUGCUACUCCUAGUCCAAUAUUGCCAUCAACAGUUGCCGGAAAGAGGAAAUCUUCACUGCCUUCAGCUCCACAAACACCACAAACUCCACAGCCACCGCCUCGGCUUGAUGUUGAGAGUGCAUUGCGAGAGUUUGACUUCCUGCACGCGGAGGAACGGGACUUAAGCUCUGCAAGUGUGGCAGAGCCUCAGCGCUCUCCCUCGCCCCAACCAGUCAUCCAGUUUCCAGACGAUGAGGUACCCUACGAGCAACCAGAUGUUGUGAGAAGACCAAUGGCACGAACAUUAGAGUACAGAGACAGCGCCUAUGAAUCCCGUCGUCAUUCACAGUUCACUGGAAUGUCUAUAGAAAAUUUCCGCCUCCUUAGUGUACUUGGACGCGGCCACUUUGGGAAGGUUAUCCUGGCACAGUAUCGUAACACAGGAGAAUAUUUUGCAAUCAAAGCUUUGAAAAAAGGUGACAUCAUUGCCAGAGAUGAAGUAGAAUCUCUUCUUUCAGAAAAAAGAAUCUUUGAAGUAGCAAACACAAUACGACAUCCCUUUUUGGUGAACCUUUUUGCUUGCUUUCAAACAGAAGCUCAUGUGUGCUUUGUAAUGGAGUAUGCCGCUGGUGGAGACUUAAUGAUGCAUAUACAUGCGGAUGUUUUCACUGAGCCUCGAGCAGUGUUUUAUGCAGCUUGCGUUGUUCUUGGACUGCAGUAUCUUCAUGAAAGCAAAAUAAUAUACAGAGACCUGAAACUGGAUAAUUUAUUGCUGGAUACAGAAGGUUAUGUAAAAAUUGCUGAUUUUGGAUUAUGUAAGGAAGGUAUGGCAUAUGGAGAUCGGACUGGAACAUUUUGUGGUACCCCCGAAUUUCUUGCUCCUGAAGUAUUAACGGAGACAUCUUACACUCGUGCUGUGGACUGGUGGGGACUUGGAGUAUUAAUUUUUGAAAUGCUUGUUGGUGAGUCUCCAUUCCCAGGAGAUGAUGAAGAAGAAGUUUUUGAUUCAAUUGUGAAUGAUGAAGUGAGAUAUCCCAGGUUCCUAUCGUUGGAAGCAAUUGCCAUCAUGAGACGUCUUCUCCGCAAAAAUCCAGAAAGGCGAUUGGGCUCAAGUGAAAAAGAUGCAGAGGAUGUCAAAAAACAAGCUUUCUUCCGAAACAUUCAAUGGGAUGACCUCUUGCUUCGUAGGGUGAAACCUCCAUUCAUACCUACAGUUACUUCAGUAGAGGAUGUAAGCAACUUUGAUGAAGAAUUUACUUCUGAGAAACCUCAGCUCACACCGCCAAAAGAUCCACGACCUCUAACAGAUGAAGAGCAGAUGCUCUUCAAGGACUUCGCAUAUAUGGCAGACUGGUGCUGAUGUUCUUGAUGUAAUUGAUGUUGUUGUGUACCACAAGUCUUCCUUUGAAAUCCUAUUAGUUCUGUGUGACAAUAACCUGUUUAGUAAUGUGGUGACUCUCACUUGCCAUGUGUGUUAAACCUGGAAGUUAAUAACGAACUUCUUAGUUUUUGCAUAGUAAUGCCUAAACUUGGUCAGAAAUUUUGUGCCAAGUAUAUGUAGCAAUUGUAGUGCAGCUUAGAAUAUUUCUCAUCCCACUUCUGUAACUUACUGCAGAUGUGUGCAGGAUGGAAGAAGUAAUACGAUUGUAAUUCUCCUGUGGAGAAACUGUUGAGAUUUCUUUAUUUGUAAUUAUAAUUUUGUUGUUUACUGCAAGUUAAAAGAAUUGUUUCUGUUUAAUAUAUGAUUAGUUGUGUGUUCAGAUUUUCUUAACAAAUGUGAUAUUUCCAUAUUCAUUAUAAUUUAUUUUAUAAACAUCUGGAAUGCAAGAUCCCUUGAAAAUUAUUUGCCAGCUGCCAACUUGCAUGUCUGUGAAUGUGGAGAGUGCAGACAACAGUUAUAUGGUUGGCAGAUUAUGCCAGUAUACUAGAGAGAGAUAUUUUGUUACCUAUGCUGCCUAAUUAUUCAGAUUAUAUUUUGCAGAAUGAAGAGUGUUCAUAGUCACUGACAUGUAAAUAAUUUGUGUAUAAAAGUAAAGAAUGGAGUUUACUUAAAAAGUAAAUUUAUUGUAAAUACUAUUUACAUAUACUAUAAAUACAAUUUGCAUUUUAUUCAAAAAUGAAAUUUUUUAUAUAAAUUUAUAUCUGUUGAAUAAUAAAAUGUCUGAUUUUCUGUGGUGCUGUUAAGUCAUUUAAACCUGAACUGAGACCAAACAUGUAGUUUUUGUAACUAAACAUUUUGUAAUACAAAGAGAGAAUGUUAUAUUAUCUUUUUAAAAAGUUUUAAAUUUUUACAAUGUGUAAAUGGUCUGAGCAUGUAAUAGGUGGCCUUCUUUCACCACAUAUCUUGUGAAUGUGCCCAUUUAGUCUUUUUGGGCACCCUUCUCCACACGAUGGCAGCUGUUGCUCAAAUUCAUGAAUUAUAUAGAAGCAAACACUAUUUUCAGUACUGAAGUUUAUAUGCAUUUUGAUUUCGGAGAUGUCACUUAAUGGUGCUGAAGAGAUGAGAGAAUUAUAUCAGUUUGCACUCAUAAAUCAUAAAAUAAUGGCCUGCUUUGUAUAUGUCAGCAAAUGUGUAUAAAUAAAUAUGUGACAAUACAUAA